AUGUCUCUCCCAUACCCUACCCGUCAGCUCUAUUAUAACGGAAAGGUUCAAGCCGCGACUUCCGGCAAGACGUUUCAAACCAUUAACCCCGCCACUGCAACUCCAUUGGCCGAUAUCGAAGUUGCCUCCAACAGCGACGUCGAUGCCGCUAUCACCGCUGCUGAUCGAGCAUUCCCUUCAUGGGCCCAGACUCCUUUAAUUGCCCGCGCUCGUAUUCUUCACAAGGCCGCUGCUCUCCUGCGUGAGCGCAAUGAUGAGAUCGCCCGUGUCGAGACUUUGGAUUCCGGAAAGGCCUUUACGGAGACUAGCACCGUGGACGUCGUCACUGGUGCCGACGUUUUGGAAUACUAUGCCAACUUCAUUGGUGGUGGUGGUCUCAACGGUGAAACCACUCACCUCCGUGAGGACGCCUGGGUGUACACCAAGAAGUCUCCUCUGGGAGUGUGUGCUGGUAUUGGUGCUUGGAACUACCCCAUCCAAAUUGCCCUUUGGAAAUCCGCUGCCUGCUUGGCCGCCGGUAACACAAUGAUCUAUAAGCCCAGUGAAUACACCCCGCUUCACGGCCAAACCCUGGCAGAAAUCUACACCGAGGCCGGUCUGCCCGACGGCGUCUUUAACGUGGUGAACGGCGCCGGUGACGUCGGCGCUUACCUGACCAGUCACCCCUUGAUUGCCAAGGUCUCCUUCACCGGCCAAGUGGCAACCGGCCAGAAGGUGGCUGGCUCCGCCGCCGGUAACAUGAAGUACGUGACCAUGGAGCUAGGUGGUAAGAGCCCAUUGAUUGUCUGCCCAGACGCAGAGCUGGAGAGCGCCGUCAACGGCGCCAUGAUGGCCAACUUCUACAGCACAGGCCAGGUCUGCACAAACGGUACUCGAGUGUUCGUCCCCCGCGCCAUGAAGGCUGCCUUUGAGAAGAGCCUGCUCGAGAAGAUUCAGUAUGUGCGACCAGGCCCGCUCUUCGAUGAACAGACCAACUUCGGUCCUCUGAGCUCCAAGCCUCACUUCGAGAAGGUGCUUUCUUAUAUUCAACAUGGUAUCCAGACGGACCGCGCCACUCUGCUCUGCGGUGGUGUCGAAAAGCCCAAUGUGCCCAAGGACCUCCAGGCCGGUUUCUGGGUCCAGCCUACUAUCUUCACCGACUGCACUGACUCCAUGCGCAUUGUCCAGGAGGAGAUCUUCGGUCCUGUGAUGACUAUCCUGUACUACGAUACCGUUGAAGAGGCCGUGCAGCGCGCCAACGCUACCGAGCUCGGUCUUGCCGCCGGCGUCUUCACCAACAACCUCAACCAGGCUCACCGUAUCAUUGAUCAGCUCCAGGCUGGCAUCACUUGGGUCAACACGUGGGGUGAGAGCCCGGCGGAGAUGGCUGUCGGUGGCUGGAAGAAAAGCGGUCUGGGUGUGGAGAAUGGUCGCCGCGGUAUCGAGGCUUGGCUGCAGAACAAGAGCACUCUUGUUGACAUGAGCGGCUCUGUGCCCUCGGUCUUUGCCAAGCUGUAA